AUGGAGAUGUUGAAACAAAUACAGGUGAACAUUCCACUGAUUGAUGCGUUGCGAGAGAUACCUGGGUAUGCCAUAAUGAUGAAAGAUUUAAUGUCUCGCAAAUUUGACUACCAAGACCUGUCCACUGUUACUUUGGCACAAACCUCUUUUGAGGAAUUGAAGAAGAGGCUGGUGACAACACCUAUUAUAGUUGCACCUGACUGGGAGCAACUAUUUGAGCUGAUGUGUGACGCAAGCGACUAUACUGUGGGAGCAGUGCUUGGGCAGCGCAAAGACAAAGUGCUACUGCUGCAAGAAUUUGACUUGGAAAUCCAUGACCGAAAAGGAACGGAGAACCAAGUGGCUGAUCACUUGUCUAGGCUGGAAGGAGCCGAAAAGAAGGUUGAGGGGGAAGAGAUUGUAGAGACUUUCCCGGAUGAACAACUACUAGCCACGAGUCUUGAGGUAGCGCCAUGGAUUUGUGUUGAUAACAUGAUUCGAAGAUGUAUCCCUGAGAUAAACCAAUCUUCUAUUUUGCAGGCUUGUCACGCGUCACCAUAUGGUGGCCAUUUUGGGGGAGUAAGGACAGCUGCGAAAGUGCUGGAGUCGGUCUUCUACUGGCCGACAUUGUUCAAAGAUGCACACUUAUGGGUGAAGGGUUGUGACGAAUGCCAACGAACUAGGAAUAUUUCCCGCCGACAUGACAUGCCUAUAAACCCAAUUCAGGAGGUGGAGGCUGCAGCGCUCCAUACAAAUGAUGCAAAUGGGUUGUUAGAAAAGUAUGAUGUAAGCCACAAGUUUGCACUUUCAUUAUCAUCCACAAACGAGUGGGCAAGUGGAAGUCUCGAACAGAAAGAUAAGAGUGUUUUGAUAAAGACUGUGAAUGCUAUAAGAACGGAUUGGGCGAGAAAGUUAGAUGAUGCACUCUGGGCCUAUCGAACCGCUUUCAAAACUCCGAUUGGCAUGUCGCCAUAUAAAUUGGUGUUUGGGAAGGCGUGUCACUUACCAGUGGAGUUGGAGCAUAGAGCUUUAUGGUCAUUGAGGCAGCUGAAUCUCGAUAUAGAAGCUGCGGGUACUAACAAGUUUGCAGGUGAUUUUGGGCAAGUUGAGCAGAGUUUUCAGCGUCACAUGAAGGAAACUAAGCGGUGGAGCUCUCCUCGCGAGGGUGGAGGAGAGGUACACCAGGCGCUAAGACGCGCAUCGCAUGGGUUGAGGCCAGGUACUUCACGCAUUAAGACGCAUGCCGCAAGCUCCCAGGCUCGCGUUAGAGAUGGCUAG